UGAUCUCGACAGGGUCAGGGGUCACACUGCCUACGUCACAAGCUCCUAAGAUGGCGUUUUGAUGACGACGGGAGAAGUGAGGACCCCUGCCCUUGUUUACAAGUGACACCAAUGCAAAACAUCAAGGGUAGGCGAUGGAGCUCCCCAACUAUGCCAGUCAACUGCUUCUCCAGCUCAAUCAGCAGCGCAGCAAGGUCUUCCUGUGCGAUGUCAUCAUCAUGGUCGAGAACNNNCUCUUCCGGGCCCACAAAAGUGUCCUCGCCGCCACCAGCCACUACUUCAAGUCCCUUGUCCUCCAUGACAACCUCAUCCACCUCGACUCUGAUAUGGUGGAUCCAAUUGUUUUCCAGCAAAUUCUGGAUUUCAUUUACACCGGCAAGUUGGCUGAUGAGACCUUUGAGGGUGUGGAUUUAAGCUCUCUGCUCACCACAGCUAACUUUCUCCAGCUCAAUGACCUCGCAAACCUGUGCUCCAGUAAGAUCAACCAAAAUGGGUCCCUCAGUAGCGUGGCUCGUGGAAGCUCCAAAUCUUCAGUUCGCCUGUACGAAGACCACUCAUCAGACACUGAAACAUACACGUGUAUGACGCCUCCCAAAAAACGUCAUAAUGCUGAAAGUAGAUUUCAGAGAAAAAAGCAGGACUUGGGGUUGGAUUUGUCUAAGAAAACUUCAGUCAAUGACGAGGUUCUUCUAUCCAGAAACAUCUCCAAAAAUAUGCAGCUGGGAAUAAAUGGGAAGUGUGUUCCAAAGGAAGAAAAGUGGAUAAUUCCUUUGGAAGGAGCUCAGGAAAGAAAAAGGGAGGGAUCCCGAAGAAAAUCCAAGGUCAAUGGUUACAUUCCUCUGAGCAGGGCUGGAAGUCAAGUAAGCCAGAAUCAGACCUUCACUCUACAGUUAUCUGUGAAGAAAGAGAAAGGAAUUGGAGGGCAGACAGAUGAAAUUGAUGGCCAAAAACCAAACAAUGGCAGCACCAAUUUUGUUUAUCAAAAGGAGACCUUUCUCAAAGAAGCUGAAGGGGACAACCCUUACGUUUGUAUCCCAUGUGAAAAGGGUUUUCCCUCCUCUGAGAGUCUUAAAUCCCAUGUGGAAAGCCAUUUGGAUGAAGAUGUGGAUGUGAAGGUUGAGGAUGAAGAGGAAGAGGAACGUGACGGAGACCCUGGAGUCACCAGAGUCUCGCCAGAAGCUCCCGAGAGCCUGGAGCAGAGUCCGUUAAAGUCCCUCAAAGAUGUCGACACCGUGCGUCCCUUCCCUUGCAACAUUUGCGGCAAGAUGUUCACGCAGCGUGGCACUAUGACCCGCCACAUGCGCAGCCACCUCGGUCUAAAGCCAUUUGCGUGUGAGGAGUGUGGCAUGCGCUUCACCAGGCAGUACCGCCUCACUGAGCACAUGCGUGUCCAUUCAGGGGAGAAACCGUAUAAGUGCCAGGUCUGUGGUGGGAAAUUUACGCAACAAAGAAACCUCAUUAGUCAUAUGCGGAUGCAUACCUCAGUAUCUUAGAACAGGUACCCACAGUUCUCCAUAGUGCUUUGGUUUGGGUUGGGUUAUUUUAACUAGGGUUCAGUUUUUUAGAACACUAUAAAGAUUCCUCUAGGUCUUCUUUAGAGGGGUUCCCUUUUUGAGCUGCUGAAGGGUUUAGUUUCACCCACAAAUCUUCUACAAUUCUACAAAGAGUCAUCUAGGUUAAAAAGGAAACCUCUCAAGUAUAAUCUAGGGCUCAUGUGUCAAACUCCAGUCCUGGAAGGCCACUGUCCUGCAGAGUGUAGCUCCGAAACACCUGCCUGGAAGUUUCUAGUAAUCCCGAAGACCUUGAUUAGCUUGUUCUGGUGUGUUUAAUUAGGGUUGGAGCUAAACUGUGCAUGACAGUGGCUUUCCAGGAACUGAAUUUGACACCCCUGACCUAGGGUACAAUUUUGGCAACAAAUCCUACGAAGAUUCCUCUAGAUUUUCUCCACAGAGUUUACUUAUUGGGCUAAUUUAAGGCUCAGUUCAGGCCACAACUCCUGUAGAAUGCUACAGAUAUCUGCUAGAUCUUCUCUACAGCGACUUCCUUUUUGAGCAGAUCUUGGGUUCACUUUCACCCACAAAUCCUUGGAAAUUUGACAAAGACUCUUCUAGCUCAACAUGGAAGCCUGUAUAGAUCUCUUCUCAAACUUUUGCUGGGGAUCCUGCACCAUUGCACAUUUUCCCUCAUCGGUCACACCCAAUUCAAGUCUUGCAGUCUCUUCCGAUGAGCUGAUGAGUUGAAUAAGGUGUUAGAUGAGGAGGACAACCAAAAUGUGCAGUGGUGGACAGGUUUGAGAAGCACUGAUCAAGGUCAGGGAUAGCCAAGCCUGCACCUGGAGGGCUACCUUCCUGCUGACUUCAGUUCCUACCCUGCUCCAGCACACUUGGGACACCUUGACUAGCUGGUUCAGGUGUGUUUAGUUAGCGCUGGAGCUAAACUCUGCAGGGUUCCUCCGAUCCAGCCCUGGAGGCCCUGCAGUUUUAUGCUCAAACACUGAUCAAACUCACCUACAUGUAUCGCUGCAGACCUUGAUUAGCUUCUUCAGGUCUCUUUGAUUAGGGUUUUUAAACUCUAUAAAUCAGGGUUCCUGAUUCGAAUUCUGAAGAUCUGUGGCCAAAACUAACCCUAAUCCUCUAGUAUUCUAUAAAGAUUAAUUUAGAUCUUCUAUAAACACUCUACCUUUUGAGCUAACGUAGGAUUCCGUUUGGAUCACAAGUAAUUUAGAAUUCUCUAAAGAAUCCUCUCCAAAACGGAACCCUAGAUGAUCUCAAAAAAGGAAACCCCUGUAGUCUAUUCUAGGGUUCAGAUUUGGCCACAGUUCCUCUAGAAAUACAUAAAGAUUCAUUUAGAUCUUCUCUAAAGACUUUACCUUUUGAGGUUAUCGAGGAUUCCACUUGGAUCACAUUUAGAAUUCUAUGAACAUUUUUCUAGAUCUUCUCUAUACUGAUUUCACUGAUUUUCGCUCAUGAAUUCUACAAAGAUUCCUCUAGUUUAAAAGGAAACUUCUGUAGAGAAGAUCCAAAGCAUUCCAUCUGUGGCAUUCUUUCAAAACUAGACCAUUUCGAAAAGGAAACCAUUGUUGUUUAAUCUAGUGUUCAGUAGGGUUCCUCUACAGAGUUGACUUUUUUAGCUAAUCUAGAGUUCAGUUUCCCUCGCAAAUCCUCUUGAAUGCUAUAAAGAAUUAUCUAGAUCUCCGUAGAAGAAUGGCGAUGAUUCCCUGAUAAGCAUAAAAAUGCCAACUUCAGCCAAUAGCUGCUGUUGUACCUUUCUUCAUACCUUCUUAUUCUUCUUGUGCAUGAAUUGUUUGUUAUUGUUAGUGUGUAGCUAAAAAAUAUAAAGUUCAUCCACUUAGCGAUGUAGUUUGAUUGAUUAAAACGAAAAUUACCUCAAAUAGCUAGUAAUCCUCUCAGACUGAAACAGCCGAAUGUUCCUGGUGAUACCAGUUAUUUUACAGCAGUGACUUGCGAUACCUCUCGAAUGUAAUUUAGGAGUCAUGAUAGAGUUUAUGCUUCAGAAACAGACCGCUGUAAUAAAGCUAUCUGGGUUGUUUACUUGAAUACACAAACUUGCUACCUCAGAUUAAACCAAACCCUCUGAUUCGCCUGUAUGAGAUUAAGACUACAUAUUAGAGAAGAGAAACUACACAGUGUCUUCCAUAUUACAGUCACUCUGUCUAGUUUAAUUAAUGAGCUUAAACGGCAGACAUCUGAUUCAGAACAGAGGAGAAAAUACUGCCUGUGUCAGUAUACACUUUUCAGGGGGUCAGGUAAUACUUCACUGUAGGGUUGCGAUCUGAGCUAGUGAAGUAGUAUUGCUUGAGCAAUUUGGGUGUUUUGAUGUACAGUUCCAAAGAAAUAUUGAAUGUUGAAAUGCUUAAGAAAUACUGUAAGCCUAUAACCAAAUCUAUAUUCUUGCUAAAUAUUUAAGUCUAAUUUAUGCUUCUUUCAAUUCAGGUUUAUAUUAAGUCUUGCUCCUUUUUUUCAGGGUUUUUCUUUUUUGUUUUUUUUCUUUCUUUUUUUUCAUUUCAAUGCUUCAACCAAUGGCUUAAUUUAUACAGCAUGUUAUUGUUAUCCAUAUUUUCUUGUGGCAUGUGCAUUAUUCUUAUGAAUUAAAAAAAAAGUUAGGUUUAGCAGAUUGCAUUCAUGCAUUUAGUGUUGAAACGAGACCAAAAGCGUAAAAUCAAAACCUACUGUAAAUAUCUUAAUGCAAUUGACGUUAUUUUUAUCAGUUGAUAUAUUACUGAAACUUGUUCAGAGAUUGAAUCAUUUUCUUAUUUUGUUUUAAUUUCUUUACACCAUGUUUGUUUUAAACUACCUCUGGUUGGGUAUUUUGUACGUUGUUCAUGGGUUUUCAUCAUGCUGGAGGGCUUUUUUAAACAAUACCUAAUGUUGAGGUUGUAUUCAUUUGUUUAGUAGCUGCUUGCCUGAUCUAGUAAUAUCAAAAGAGGUACUUUAAAUAAUAGAUCAACUAGCCUAAGAUUUAAUUAGCCGAAUUGACUUUUCUGGCACUCUUUGGUCAUGUAGUGCUUGCUUUUUUCUCUCUUUUUGCUUUAUAUUGAGAUGAUUAUUUGACACUGUCUGUAAAUCAAUAGGAUUCUAGAAUAUUCAGGAACUUUUUAAUACAUAAUGGGACUUGAAACUGAGCUUCAAAACUGUGACAACACUUUCAUUUGCAUCCUCUGCAAACCUCAGGGAACAU